AUUCAUGUGUCGGUUCCUUCAUCGCUGCACUGAUAUGGACACCGGGGUGGAGGAUGGAAGGAGAGAGGAGUUCGGGGGAUUUUAGGAUGAUUGGAGGUCAGCAUUUGUUCUGAGGAUAAUCACACAGAAAUUCGGAUCGUGUGUGUGUUUUUAUUUUUUUACUACGUCAAGUUAAUUUAUUUAUUCACGGAAUAAAAUCAGGAGAGCCGGCGAGUGGGAUAUGGUUCCUGCACAGCUUCAGCGGCUCUGCCUGGCGGCCCACAGCGGCGUCCAGCCCCGGCCAUGACCGCUGCCUCUUCUCUCCUCUCCUCUCCGCCACGCUCCCUGACUUCAAUUCGAUUUGAUUUUUUUUCUCAGGAAUUUUAAUUCAAAACCAUGCGUUAUGAUUUGACUGCAAAAUCAGCCGGGCUUUUGGGUUAGCAAGUGAGGCUACAUGAGUUAGCCAGCGAUGCGUGUGUUCGUGUAUAUGUGCGAGUAUAGGUGCGUGCGCGCUCCCGCGUGCCUGCGCGUGCCCGACCGCCCGCCAGCCAGCCAGCCCGCGCGUGUCCGGCUGUGCGCGUGCAUGUGGAUAUCCUGCUGAGAUGAGCGGCUGCUGUGACUGAAUGCAGAGAUUUUAAUUUUGUGUGUUUUGUUCGUGAAUUGUUAAAAUUGUGCUCUUUUAUUUUAAUAUAAAAGUAUUUCUUUUUUUUUUCUCCCCAUAGGACAGUUCAAAUACCCGUAAGAAUUAAAUGUUUUAUCAUUACGUUAUACAAAAUAACUCAACAAUUGUGGACACAAAACUGUGACACAAAUAUGAACAUGUUGUUAAACAGAAAAGUUACAACCUCGUAAAAUAUAAAACCCAAAUCCGAUCUUUUCACCGAUAAAAGCGAAUUGGUUUAUACCCCUGUUAUAAACGGAUCAUUAUAUUUUCGUUUGAAAUCCACCUUCGUUUGUUUUCUUUUUGUUGAAUUCGCGGUGAACUCGUUGAUAUUCUCAGCAUUGUUUGGCCGAGCGAAUGAGAGUUCAGUCUUUUAAUCGAGUGCUAAAGUGUUAAACUUUCAACAGAAAGACAGAAAAAUGCUCGUUUAGUUGGAUCGCUAAAAACUCGCCCAACAUGCUAAUGAUGCUAAUUGGCGCUUAUGUAAACGAUUGUCGGAGGCGUGCCAUCGAUCGUCGGAGGCGUGAGAUGUCCCGCUAGCUGCUCUGUGGAGAUGUUCGAGGUUGGAUGGAGGAUUUUUCUUUAUAGGUGACAUUUUUUGUUUUCGGCGUUUGGGAUCAACUGUGGACGAAAAAGUCAGGAGUGGAUUUUUGUUUGUUUGUUUGUGUGAAAUUGGCCAUGGCGCCGGGUUCGUGCUCCACAUCCCGAAGCACCAGCACCGUUCAGCAGCGGCGGUGUGUGUGAUCCAGACCGACACACUCUGCAGUGUGUUUGUGUUGCAUGCUACAUGUUGUAUGCUGUGUGUGUGUGUGUGUAUGUGUGUUGGGGGUUUUUUUGUGCAAUGGCCUAUCUAAAUGGACCCAGAUUACUGGACUGGGCGAACUCUCCACCUCACCUCCAGUUCAAUAGAUACGUCCUAACCGGCUACAGACCCAUCUCCUCAGUGCAGGACUGCGUCAGGAGCCUGUUCUACCUGCACAACGAGCUCGGGAACAUCUACACACACGGCAUUCCUCUGCUGUGUUUCUUGGUGCUGCUCCCCCUCAACAUGCCCUGGUCUCAGAUCAAUGUGACGUGGCUGGGUGUGGUCCACUUCCUGGCCUGUUUGUCUCCUCAGCUCGGUUCCGUCGUCUAUCACCUGUUCAUGAACCAUGAGGGUGGAGAACCUGUCUACAAAAAACUGCUCACCUUAGACAUGUGUGGCAUCUGCAUGAUCAACACACUGGGCGCUCUGCCCAUCGUCUACAGCACGCUGCUGUGUUAUCCGUUGCUGCGUGGCACCGCCCUGCUGACCUACAUCGCUCUGUCGAGCUACGCCAUCUACUGCGCGGUGACGGCGAGGAGCAGCGUGCGGCGCUUGCGCUCAUUUGCCGGCCAGGCGCUCUUCCGCUUCUUCUUCCUGGGGCUGCGGUCGGUGGGCGUGGGUGGUGGAAGCCCAACCUCGAUCCGCCACUUCCUCACCAUGGAAGCGCUGGCGGUGUCGGGCGGAAUAAUUAACAUCGCCCGCGUGCCCGAACGCUUCUGCCCCGGGCUCUUUGACUACUGGUGCAACAGCCACCAGAUCAUGCACGUACUGGUGGUGGGCUCCAUCCUGUCACUCCACUGGGGCGUCCUGGACGAUCUGCUCUGGAUCAACAGUUACGACUGUCCGGCAGACUGACCUCUGACUGACCUCUGUCCUCUGGUGGUGGGGGCAGGGUUUUGUCAAGGAAUCGAACCACUGGACUCGACGAGAUUUUUUUUUUGCGUUUGUUUUAAAAUUUGACAUGCAUCAGGUUUUCUUUAGACUCAGGGAGGGGUCACGAGCUCUGACCUUUGACCUCUGACUUUUUUAAUCCAGUGUGUGUGGG